GAAUCCUUCAAGCGCAAUCUGGGGACUCUUUGCAGACUUUAGAACUUUCUGCUGUAGUUUGGGCGUUCCUGAACUGGUCUCAAAAGCCCCUUAACGUAGUAUCGGAUUCGUUAUACGUUGUGGGCCUCGUAGAAAGAGUAGAGGAUGCUAGAAUCAGGGAUAAUGGCAACCAACGCCUAUUUGAGUUACUAGCUAUGUUACAGAGAGCGGUUAUGAUAAGGAAUGAGAAGUAUGGUGUGAUUCAUAUCAGAAGCCACAAAUGGGUGGAGGGCUUAGGUGAAGGGAACCAGUGAGCAGACAACUUGGUGGCGACAACCAUCCCUGUCAAUAGAUUAGCUCAGGCCCGUGAGGCCCACAGCAUGUUUCACCAGAAUUCUAAGGGCUUGUGCAAACUGUAUGAUAUUAGUCUGAAUGAUGCACGAGGGAUUGUGCAAGCAUGCCCAAUGUGUGCAGGACAUGGGCCUGGUUUAGGCUUAGGAGUCAAUUUGGCAGAUGGAUGUGACGCACGUGCCAGAAUUUGGGAAACUAAAAUAUGUGCAUGUUACAAUAGAUACUUAUAGUAGAUUCAUCUGGGCCACUGCCCAAGCAGGGGAAAGGGUGAUACAUGUCACCCGGCACAUAACACUAUGCUUUGCUACCAUGGGGUUGCCCCGGAUGAUAAAAACAGACAAUGGCCCCGCAUAUGCUAGCAGGAGUUUUCAACAAUUUUGCGAGAAAUGGGGGGUACGACAUAUCACCAGCAUGCCUAACUCUCCAACCGGUCAGGCAGUGGUGGAGAGCGCAAAUCAGACGCUUAAGAGGUACAUAGAGAAACUUUCUGAGGUAAGGGAUCCCCAGGAAUGCCUGGCUAGGGCAUUGUUUACAAUUAAUUAUCUGUGCAUCUUUGGGGAUAGGGAAGAGGCAUCAGCUCAGAUUCAUGGGCGGGUACCCUCUCAAGGUAGCGACAAGCCGUUUUUCGUAAGAUACAGAAAUCCCAAGACAGGGAUUUGGGAGGGCCCCUCAGAGGUGAAAUAUGGGAAGGGGUUACAUGUGUGUGCUCACCCCAACAGGUCCACUGUGGGUCCUGGUGAAGUGGACCAAAGCAGCAGUGUCUAUUUCUACUGAUACUGACAGGUUGCCACCUCAACAGCCAGGCAGUCCUUCAGGUGUCGCAGCCAGGGAACCUAUGGAUGACCUGGGCGAACAAGACGGGCCAGACUGACUUCUGCCUGAGUCUUCAGUCGGCCACUGAACCUUUCCGGACCUGUCUGAUCGGAGUGCCGAGUUAUUGGCUGCAGAGCUUUCAAGGAUACGUAAGAGAUAAUCCAUGUUCUCGUUACAACACUUCAGAACAAAGUGCAUGCUUGAUAGAACGACUAAGUGACUCCUUGCCAUGGGACCCCCAAGAGCUGGAUCUCCUGGGUUCCCAGGCAGUAGGAAACGCUUCAGCGGGAUGGAAUCAAACAUGCUUUUGCUUCGGACGAUCGCACCAGGGCCUUAGUGCUCGGGCAAGUAUCCUUAAGCAACUGUGGGACUAUGUGGAUAAUCCUUUUUUUGACGCAACAGGAUGGACAGUGGUCUCCCCCCAUAAUGAACAGGAAUUCUCGGUAUGGGGGGCAUAUUGCGGUUACAGCAACCAAACCGGGGAAGGAGGUAACCUACGACUGUGGUAUGGAUAUGGAGCAAGCCUUUCCGAAGACGAUUCCCAACCUGCGCUGUGGAAUAAUGACUCGGCUAAGGCCUUACCCCCAGGUGUAUUUUUAAUAUGUGGUGACCGAGCUUGGGCAGGCAUUCCUGCCAAUGUCCAAGGAGGACCUUGCUAUCUUGGACAGUUAGCACUGUUCGCUCCCCAACAUCGUCAAUGGCUUAAUGUCGCCUCUGGUCUGCGUAAGGCCAGGCGACGGCGGAGUACGCGCCGCCUGACAUCAGAUUGCAACGAUAACAUUGAUUUAUGGUUGGCUACUGCCCAGGUGUUCGCUUCAUUCCUUACGCCGGGCGUGGCAGCGGCCCAAGCGUUAAAAUAGUUAGAAGCAUGUUGGUCAGCAAAACAGGCUAACGAGACCACCUUAAUCUUGGGAUCUAUGUUAUCUGAUACGAAUAGUCUUAGGCACGCUUUGCUACAAAAUCGCGCGGCAAUUGACUUUCUGCUUUUAGCACAGGGACAUGGUUGUGAGGACUUUGAGGGGAUGUGUUGCUUCAACCUUUUGGAUCAUAGUCAGUCCAUACAUGAACAACUUCAAUGGUUGAAGGGACAUAAGCAAAAGAUUCAGGUUGACAAAAACCCAUUUGAUGAUUGGCUAAAAUCCCUAUUUGGAGGACUGUCCCCAUGGCUCACAGCAUUAAUCAAAGAAGGCUUGCGUUGGCUAUUGCUUAUUCUAGUUAUGCUUUUACUGCUUUGCAUAGUAUGUAGUUGUAUCAUGAGGGGUAUUGACAAAGCCACACAGAAAGUUAUGCUCGUACAAAAAGAAAAAGGGGGAAUUGUUGGGGAAUGGCUGCGAGAGCAGGGCGGCCAUGAGGCUUUGUAUGAGCAUAACUAGUGCGGCAGCACAGAGUGCAUACCCAUAAGAAAACAUUAGGAGUUAAGAUAGGAGUCACAACAUCCUUGGAGCAGCAUGUAAACAGUAGGCCCACAUCCGCAGUUGUGCUCUGUGGAUAUGUGGGGGGCUGAUAAGCGGAUGAGCUCAGCAGCAGGUGUGAAUGCUGGCUGAGCAUUGGUU